AUGCCAUCAUCACCCUCCGGAUCUGGGUGGGCUCCAUCCAAGCCCGCUCGUCUCAAUCGGGACUACUCGGAGGACGACGCGGAAGGCACGCGCAACAGCAAUCGCUUCACACUCACCGACUACGUCUACGACCGGGAAGAUUUCUCCUCUGUACACUCUUUCAACGCCGUUGCGUCUAGCUCGCGCACCGUGACCGCGGAAAGGCCACCUCUACCCACUCUACGGUCGGCGUCGCGAUUAGAGCUACCUCUACCGCCCGGCGCGGCUCCUGGCAGUGGUGCAGACGGACGACCGAGUAGCUGGGGACUGGCGGUACAGGGUCAGAUUGCGCAAGUGCGUGGAUCUACCAUCCCGACUACUUCAUCUCCCCGCUCGCCCUCCUCAGACCGGACACAAGCGGAGACUACAACUAUCACCUAUCCGCCUCCUUUGGCCAUCUCGUCCUCUUCAUCAUCCGGCAUGAUGGCGUCUUCACGAACCGCGCUCCUAAAGUCCUCGCGCUUCCCAGAGGCUUUCGUCCCCGACAUCUCCACCUCGCCCCGCGCCUCUACCUCCGGUCCUCAACUCUCCCCCUCCGAAAAUGUCGCGAUCAAGCGCCUACCACCCAUCCCCACUCCCACCUCCCCUCCCCCCUCUUCCGGCAACACCUCGACCCCCAGACCCGCUCUGCCUGCCUCCACAUCCUCCUUGUCCAUCGCGUCCUCGAUACCCUCCCCCCUUCUCCCGCCAUUCCAACUCAACCAACCCAGGUUGGGCGCGUCCCGGCCGUCCUUGGCAAGUAUGCCAAGUUCGAGCAGUACCUCCGGACUAAAACGGGAACGGGAACAGUGGAGUGUCUCACCGGAGCUGCCGAAAUUGGGGUAUGACCCAAGGAACACGAGUGUCACGUUUGUUCCGCUGGAUGAGCGGGAGAAGCGGGCUGGGGCGGAAGCGGAGGGGGAGGGGAAGAGAGAGGAAGAGGGAGAAGGAGACGUGGAGAAAGGGGCGUCAACGCUGAGAUACAAGGAGAGUAGGCCGGAGCGGACGAGCAAGAAGGGGAGAUGGUGGGACUGGAUCAUUCCGGAUACGCUAUAUACUCGACUCCUGCUCGGUACGGUAGUCUUCGAGCUGAUUAUCGAUCUGGUCAUCGAGGCCAACAUCCUCUGGCGCUUCAACACCGAAGUCAAAUCCGCCAGCUCCACGCCAAGCAUGCUGGAAAACAAAAGACGACUUCCCAUAUUCCUGAUCAUCUUCGGAUUAGCACACCUCUGGCAACUCGUCCUCACCAUAAUCGCCAUCCGAACGAAAAACACAAUCCAAAUCUCAGCCAUCACCAUCUUCAACUACGCCUUCCUCGUAUGGGCCAUCAUCCAGGUUUCCGAACUGCGCACGAUUCUAGGCGAUCUCCAAACGUCUUUGAUUGACGAUGCUGUCGAGGCUGCCACUCCCGGGGUAUCGAAAACGACGAGUCUGCUCAAUCUGCCGUUGAAUGUAUUGACGGCGGUCAUUAUUGGGGUGGUGGCUGUUUGUUGUCUUGUUCUGACGGUGCUGGCGUAUUUCGUACGGAGAGAGUUUGGCUGGCAAAGGUAUCGCUUCCUCGGUGCCGACCUCCAGAUCCGGGGAUACUAUCGCCGAUUCCAGGUGUUUGAGUGUUUUGUCUACUUCAGCGCGUUCUUUACCGCUGGAUUUGGGAUUCAGUUCCUCUGGCUCGUCCUCCAAAAGACCGACGCGGAGUAUAUCAUCACAUUCAUCAUGUUUCCGCUGUCGCUCAUCUUGCUGGUCAUCGGGCGUACAGCCGCCAAAUAUGAGAACAAGCCCUUCAUGAUCUUCUUCUGUACCGGCCUCACCCUCGGCCAAGCCUACUUCAUCUUCAAGCUCUGCCGGAUCUGGCAACAAGAUCUCACAGUCUACGCGAACGUCUCGAAAUCACUCACUGUCUUUGCCGGACUGAGCAUAUUGAGCCUGCUGGCAUGCUUGGCGUGGAGUGUGCUGGUUUAUCGGGACUUUGGAAAGGGUUUGAAGGGAGCCGUGCUGUCGCAGUACCCAAGAUCGCCUCGAACUCAGGUGGGAUUCAAUAGAUGGAAGUCCGAUCCGGACGCGGGAGGUGCUGCGGCGGCUGCGGCGGCGAAACGGCUGAGUAUAGAUUGA